AACACAACGAAAAAACGGAAUAUAAAAUGGCAGCACCACCAAAUAUCAAUAACUAGGAUAGGAGCCUUGAAGCAUCCAACGUGACAUCCAUGCUCAGCUGCCACUGACCAACUCCAAAUGACGAACUUGUCUAUGGGCUCUUGAUCAAAAUCAUCGUCAUCAAUUAUUUCUUUAUUCCCUUCACACUCACAACCCAACAACUUCAACCUCAAUCUCUAUCCCAUUUUAACGCAGCCCUUUUGAUUCUAGCGACUAUUUAUGCUCCCAAACAUGCUACGAUUCUGCUUCACCACACUCUGCGCUUCCAAAGCCUCGCCUUUUCCUCUCUCUAUUUCCAUUUCUAAACCAAUUCUCAAACCCAGAUCGCAAAUGGCUUCUUUCUCCUCUUCCUCUUCCUCCAAGCUAUUGUUCCGCCAGCUCUUUGAGAAGGAAUCGUCCACCUACACGUACCUUCUCGCGGAUGCCUCGCACCCAGAAAGACCAGCCCUUUUGAUUGACCCGGUUGAUAGAACAGUAGAUAGAGACGUGUUGCUUAUUGAGCAACUGGGGUUGAAGCUUGUGUAUGCCUUGAACACACAUGUGCAUGCGGAUCAUGUCACUGGGACUGGCCUUAUCAAGAGAAAAGUACCCGGUGUAAAAUCUGUUAUUUCAAAAGCAAGUGGGGCAACGGCCGAUCUUUAUGUUGAGCCAGGUGAUAAGGUCCAUUUUGGUGAUCUUUUUCUAGAGGUCCGUGCAACUCCUGGUCAUACCAAAGGUUGUGUUACCUAUGUUACUGGAGAUGCACCUGAUCAACCUCAACCAAGGAUGGCAUUCACUGGAGAUGCCGUAUUAAUACGUGGAUGUGGAAGGACAGAUUUUCAGGGUGGGAGUUCAGAGCAGCUUUACAAAUCAAUCCAUACACAGAUUUGUACAUUGCCCAAGAGUACGUUAAUUUAUCCAGCUCAUGACUACAGAGGAUUCACUGUAAGCACUGUUGGAGAGGAGAUGGAACACAAUCCACGCCUAACAAAGGAUGAGGAAAAGUUCAAGAACAUCAUGGCAAAUCUUAACCUGUCAUAUCCUAAAAUGAUUGACAUAGCUGUCCCAGCUAAUAUGGCUUGCGGAAUCCAAUCCAAUCCAUAAGAAGCCUUAUCUGAAAGACACACUUGAUUGACAUAGCUGUGACAUAGACCUUGCAAGCAAGAGAGGGAAAAUUUGUCAUAGCCCUUUGAACUGAAGAUAAAAAGGUCGAAAUUGUAAAUUAAUAAAUGGUAUUUAUAAGUCCAAUAUAAUCUAUUAUUCGGCUCCA